UUAAUACAUAUUCAUAAAAAAUAUUAAAUUACAGACCAGUGAUUUUGUUAGAGUUAAGGCCAAAGAGAAGACCUUACUGGACCUGAUGGCCUGCCAUUGGUAGGAGAUUUAAUGUGUGUUCAUCUGUUGUGCAGGAGAUACAAUGUGUGUUCAGUUCACUUUGUGCAUUUAUUUCAAACAUCAUGUCAUUAAAAAUUGACCACCACUAGGGGAGCUGUUCUGCAAAGUUCUAACCCUUUGACACCCAUUUGUGUCUUCUUUGGUUUACGCAGUGUUUAGCCACUGAGGGAAGAAAAAAGUUGUGGUCAGAGCAGGAUGAAAUGCCACUUCCUUCUCAGUCCUUUAGCUCUGAAUGUGUUCAUGUCUGAAAAGACCUCACUGGCAGUUUACAGUUUGUGAAUCGAGAUCAAGAGUCUUCAUGAUGAUCCUCCACAUUCAUUUCUAUUUACUUGUGUGCUGUUCAGCUGCAGAAGGUUUCACAGAGAAGUUGGUGGAUUUGGGACAAAAUGUGACUCUACAAUGUGAGGUGGCUGUAAAACAUAUGUCCUGGUACCUGAUGAAGCCGUCAGAACCUCCAGUGUAUAUAUUACGCUCUUUCUCAAGUAAAACUCUGGAUCCAGAAUACAGUAACCGGACCUUCAGCAAGAUUUUCUCACUGCAAUACAACAGCAGUUUAUUUAUACACAAUAUCAGUACUAAUGAAUUAGGAGUGUAUUAUUGUAUUCAGUGUGGUUCACCUCCUAACAUCAGCCGUGGAAUCAGACUUUACACCCAGAAUCAUGCAGCUGUUCCAGAGAAUCAGACAUCUAGGCCUGGAGAGUGUAAUAAAGGUGAAGAGAUCAGACUGUGGAGAAAUUUCCUCAUCAUAUUGGGAAUGAUGAACUGUAUGGGGCUCGCUGCAGUCACAGUCUCGAUCGUGAGCUGCUGUGGAAAAACCAAAUCUAUAAACUGGAAUGGGAAACUUCAAGAAGUCACUGAGUCUCAGAGUUUUUUGGCUGAAGCACAUUACGAAAGCAUUUACACUGCGGUGCAGUUCCACCCUGUCAUGUGACACACACACACACACACACACACACACACACACACACACACUUGCUGGUCAUUGUUUUUUGCUUUCAUAAGCUAUGCAGGUAAAGUCUGAGAUGAUUAUUACUGUGGUUAAAGUCUGCAAAUUUACACGUUUCACACAUUUCAAAGGUGCUCCAACUUCCGCUUCUUAUUCUCAGUGUUUGACCUUCUGCUGCAAAACUCUCCAUGUUUCUCAUUCUCUCUACUUUUCAUUUUUUUUAUUUACAAAUUAACUUCAAUACGACAUUUUUUUAUUCACAUAUCUUUAUUCAUUUUUAUUGUGUGUUGUCGUCUCUGUGAACUGAAAGCUUGUCACCAAAACAAAUUCCUUUUGUUUGCAAACAUACUUGCAAAUAAAGCUCACACUUCUGUAGUGUGUGUGUGUGUGUGUGUGUGUGUGUGUGUGUGUGUGUAAGAAUUCUACUGCAGGGAUCUUAAACUAAAAUUGCUUGAGGUCCAGUAAAUUAAUCCUCCUUACUAGCCAAGCUCAGGACAAUUAUAUCCCUAAAAACAUGAAUUUAUUGUAGACAUUUUCAUUGGGCACAUUAUAAAUAAAAAAAUAAAAGGAAAAAUGAAAGAUCAAUAAAAAAAAAUAGCUAAAGUGCUUUUGUUUCUGCUAAGAUCAUAAGUGAUCUUCUUCUUUCGACUUCUCCCAUUAUGGGGUGCCGCAGCGGCUCAUCUGUCCCCCCAACCCCCCCCUUUCUUUCACACCAACUACCUGCAUGUCUUGCCUCACAACACUCUCCUUGGCCUUCCUCU